AUGAAAGACAUGAAUUCAAUUAACAGCAAUAUUUCUGAAAUAGUAAAGUUAGCGAGAAAAUUUAACUGCUUUUAUUUGUCAGGACUCCAUCAGGGAACUUGUAAGCCGUUCCUUGUCGGCGGUCAUCAGGUCGGCCUAAUUCGUCCUGAUGUUUUGAAAUAUUUACAAAGGUUUCCAGAGAUUUUUUGUGUCACUGGCAAGUAUGUAGAACUAAACCCAGCCUUCAGAGAUUACCAAGAAAGAACUUCAAGAAUUGCUGAGGUUUUACAGACAUUGAGGAAGGAGGGUGAAAUAUGUGCUCUUAAAGGCUGGAGGGAUGAGUGUUUUGAAGUCAGUACCCCUUUUUACCAUGAAAGUUUGUUGGAAAUGGACCGAAGUGCUAUAUGUCUUUUUGGCAUUAGAAACUAUGGUGUUAGUAUAAACGGAUACCUUUUCCACCCUACAAAGGGAUUGUGCAUUUGGCUACAACAGAGGAGUUUUACAAAGCAAACAUGGCCUGGUAAAUGGGAUUGCUUUGUUAGUGGAGGCCUUGCUGUAGGUUAUGGCAUAUUGGAGACUGCUAUCAAGGAAGUGGCUGAAGAGGCUUCUGUUGUUGGUGACUUAGCAAAAAAGCUGGUUCCAGCUGGUUGUGUCAGUUUUUAUUUUGAAAGUGAAAGAGGUCUCUUCCCAAACACUGAAUAUGUAUACGACCUGGAGUUGCCAUUAGAAUUCAAGCCGGAGAAUGCUGAUGGAGAGGUGGAAACGUUUGAGUUACUUACAGCUGAAGAGUGUGUACAAAGAGCACUUACUCCACAAUUCAAGACCACCAGUGCCCCAGUGCUAUUAGACUUCCUCAUUAGAAGGGGUUACAUUAAUCCUGAAAAUGAACCGAACUACCGACACGUCAUUGAGUUGCUUCACGUGCCGCUGCAAACGAUUUACAAAUGGCCUCAAACAGAAAUGGCGACUAAUGGUGAUGGAGAACAACUCCAGUGUUAA